CUCUCUCUCUCUCUCUCUCAGCGCUACACAUCCCUGGCGAUGCCGCUCUGACCAGACACUGCGAAAACAAGCAACCCUCCACAUACUCAUACACCGACAUGCAGCGCAGAGGGCUGCUGCUCCAUCGUCUCCUCUCCUUGAUGAACAGGGUUUUACACUCCAGCUGAUUACCAACUCCCACUUUUGCCCUCGCAGGUGACAGAACACGGCGGGCGGGUGUGACAGAGGAGCUUCAUCUGCAAACAUCUGCCCGGAGGACUCCUCCCCACCCCCACCCCCUCACGCUCUGUUGGCGGUAAACCCCGGCUUUGCAGCAGCGUGCGACGCCCUGCAGUGUGCUGCUGACGGAGGCACGAGGGAAUGCUCAGAGGACGGAGAUACGAGGUCUGAGCACGAUGAGCGGGCAGGAGAAAUGGGUCACGCUGACCCCGGCUGAAUUCGCCCUGCUCCAGGAGUACACUCAGUACUCGACCAAGAAGCUGAGGGAUGUGCUGCAGGAGUUCCAUGGAGAUGGUGUGUUGGCUAAAUACAAUCCAGAGGAGAAGCAGGACAUCCUCAGCCAGGACAUUGACUUUGAGGGCUUCAAGGUCUUCAUGCAGACGUUCCUGGAGAGCGAACUCCCCGAAGAGUUCUGCCGACACCUCUUCAUGACGUUCAGCAACAAGGGACCCGAACCCGGUCCCUCAUCGUCUGACAAACCCAGAGUCUCUGGGCUGAAGCUGAUCAAAGGCAGCUCCACCCCCCUGAGGACCGCCUCCCCGCCCCCACCUCUGGAGACGGUGCAGCUGAAGGACAUCGUGUGUUACCUCUCUCUGCUGGAGGGCGGGCGUCCCGAGGACAAGCUGGAGUUUACGUUCCGCCUCUACGACACCGAUGGAAACGGGUCCCUGGACAGCUCGGAGCUGGAGCACAUUAUCUCCCAGAUGAUGCAUGUAGCCGAGUACCUGGAAUGGGACGUGACCGAGCUGAAACCAAUCCUCCAGGACAUGAUGCAGGAGAUCGACUACGACCACGAUGGCACGGUGUCGCUGGAGGAGUGGAUCCAGGGGGGCAUGACCACCAUCCCGCUACUGGUGCUGCUGGGCCUGGAGACGAAUGUCAAGGAUGACGGGCAGCACGUGUGGAGGCUGAAGCACUUCAACAAGCCGGCCUACUGUAACCUGUGUCUCAACAUGCUGAUCGGACUGGGGAAGCAGGGGCUCUGCUGCUCAUUCUGCAAGUACACAGUGCACGAGCGCUGCGUGGCCCGCGCUCCGCCGUCUUGCAUCAAAACAUACGUCAAGACCAAGAAAAACCCAGAGGUAAUGCAUCAUUUCUGGGUGGAAGGGAACUGCCCCACCAAGUGUGACAAGUGUCACAAAACCAUCAAGUGUUACCAGGGCCUGACCGGGCUCCACUGCGUGUGGUGUCAAAUCACGCUCCAUAACAAGUGUGCCUCCCACGUGAAACCAGAGUGUGACUGCGGACCCCUGAAGGACCACAUCCUGCCCCCCAGCUCCAUCUGCCCCGUCGUCCUGGAGAGACAGUCGACGCUGAGGAAAGACUCGCGGUGCAGUCAGUCGAGCAGAGGGAAGAUGCAGAGAGCCAACUCCGUCACAGUGGACGGCCAAGGACUCCAGAUCACAACAAUAGAGGGCACUCAUCCUCUGCUGGUGUUUGUCAAUCCGAAGAGCGGGGGGAAGCAGGGCGAUAGGAUUUACAGAAAGUUCCAGUAUCUUCUGAACCCGAGGCAAGUGUACAACCUGGCCAAGAAUGGACCCAUGCCAGGGCUGAACUUCUUCAGAGACGUUGCUGAUUUCAGAGUGCUGGCCUGCGGAGGGGACGGCACUGUGGGCUGGAUCCUCGACUUUAUAGGUAUUUGCUGUGAGUUUUCUCGGUGUGGCCCUCUUCGGUAUAUGUGGGGUUGUGAUAUUUGUCCCGCUGUUCCAGAUAAGGCCAACCUGGACAGGAACCCCCCCGUGUGUAUACUUCCUCUCGGCACGGGCAACGACCUGGCGAGAUGUCUGCGAUGGGGAGGAGGCUACGAGGGCGAGAGCCUCCUGAAGAUAACGCGCGACAUCGAGAACAGUUCAGAGAUGAUGCUCGAUCGCUGGAAGAUCGACGUCACGCCCGCCGACAAGGAGGAGCGAGGGGACCCGGUGCCUUACAGCAUCGUAAACAACUACUUCUCCAUCGGAGUGGACGCCUCUAUUGCACGUCGCUUCCAUGUCAUGAGGGAGAAGCAUCCCGAGAAGUUCAACAGCAGAACAAAGAAUAAGCUGUGGUACUUUGAGUUCGGCACUUCGGAAACCUUUUCGGCCACGUGUAAGAAGCUCCACGACUUUCUGGAGGUUGAGUGUGACGGCGUUACUUUGGACCUCAGCAGCAUCUCCUUGGAAGGCAUUGCCAUUCUCAACAUUCCCAGCAUGCACGGCGGGUCCAACCUUUGGGGCGAGAGCAAGAAGAGGAGGGGUAACCGCAAGGGGGGCAAAAAGAGCCAAGACAAGAGGACACCAGUGCUCGACCCCAAGGAGCUCACGUUUGCAGUUCAAGACCUGUCUGACCACCUGCUGGAGGUGGUGGGGCUGGAAGGGGCCAUGGAGAUGGGUCAGAUCUACACCGGCCUGAAGAGCGCUGGGAGGCGCCUGGCGCAGUGCUCCUCCGUGACCAUAAGAACCAGUAAAUCCCUCCCCAUGCAGAUUGAUGGGGAACCUUGGAUGCAGACUCCCUGCACGAUCGAGAUCGUCCACAAGAACCAGGCCCCCAUGCUGAUCGGACCGCCGCAGUGCCGGAGCUUCCUCUCCUCCGUCAUAAGACGGACGCGCUCCGAGAGCAAAGACUGAUCGCUUCGGGGGCCUUUUCGAAUCCUCUCGAGCUUUAAGGGGCAGCGGCCUUCAAGUUGAUGGUUGCUCGGCCCCGUUAGCGAAGGGUUGUCUCCGAUGCCUGUUGACCGCCCGGAGCAGAGUUACAAACUGUGGGUUGGGUGCGUGGAAGCGUCACAGAGAAGCCCUAGUUAAUGCGGAACGAGGUGUGUUUAGGGGCCGGCGCUUCGAUCUGCGGCGUGCAGAGUAGGUUAGCUCCAAAAAUACCGAAGCUAUUUUGGGAUGUCCAAUUUUCUAAUUGUCUGUUUUUAUUUUUGCUGUUGUGAUCUGUGGCAUGUGGAGGGGGAAAAAAACACUGAUGAAUGUGUUUUUUGUGAUAUGAUGUAUUUAUUUAUUUAUUCAUAUUUUGCUGCUAUUGAUGUUUUUUUUAAGUAUUUUUUUUGUUUUUUUUUCACAUUUGCAUACCCCAUGACGCAUGAUGGACAGAGUAAGAUGCUGCUGCUGUCGAAGCUGACAUAUCUAGAGCUUUCAGCUGAUCUUUCCCAAGUGUUCAGUAAGUUUGCUCAGCAUUUCUUCAGCGUUUCACUCGUGAAUGGCUUCAAGUAGUAAAAAAAGACAGAGAAUCACAUUUUGCUUUCUUCUUAAAUGGUUCCUGCAAGUCAUCCUUGUCACGUUUUGAUCUGCCGUGUUGCUGCUAAGUCAGUGAAAAGAUUAGGAAUGAUUAUUGAUCUUCAUGAAAAAUGCAUGACACUCUUUGUUUUAUGUUGCACGAGAGAUUUUCCAGACAGCUUUACCAAUACGGUGCACACUUUCUGUCUCACGAGGGACCAAGAUCUGUUUUGACACUUGUGAAAAUUGAUCUUUUUUUGGAAUCUACAUCUUCAGUGCUGCUCGGUUUGACCAUAUCAUUCUUUAUAAGAUGGCUGCAUUUUUAUGAGAUCCUGUAUUUUUCCUGAACAGGUUCUCAGGUACUUUCAAAGUGGAUAGAAGCAUCAGAAAAAAAGUCUUGUGUUCAAUCGGACUGUAUGUUGUUACAGUGACUGUAUUGUUGGAUAUUCACAAGAGGCAGUUUGAGUGGUCAUUGAUUUGUUCCAAUUUGUACGGUUGAGUGUUUGCAGUCCGCUGCGCAUAACAGCAUGCAUCGACCAAUUAAGGUCUAAAAACAAAAUGACUAUUGACAAUUUAUGUACAAACUCGAUUUAAAGAAGAAAUACUGAAAAUCAAUCUCAUCCAAUAAUUACAUUUCCGAGAGGCUUUUCCCAGCCACUAACGUGCACACAUAAAUGAAUGAAUGAUGCAGCUUUUUACAAAAAAGUCUCCUCUAUACCAAUAAAAAAUAUCAUUCUGGAUGGUAGUGAUUCAGUAGAUUUCUACACAAAAGUAGUUUUAUCUCAUCCAGUCCCACCAAACACACAUCUUAGAGAAUUUGUUAGUGACCAACCAGCGUGACACACACUUGGUAAAUGUGUUCAGUCAUUAAAAGUGCCAUACACCAGUGGAGACGGAUCCAACGAGUUUCCCAUCUCUUUGCUUUUUAGGGUGCUGCGUUUGUACAGUGAGGUUGUAUUUUUGUACACAGCAUUUUUUAUUUUUCCGCUUAAUGCUUUUACUCUAGAACUACCGCCAUGUUGUUCUGCCUAAAAACAAGUACUGCCUGCCAAUGUUGAAUGGGAAAAGUUAUAAUGGAUGUAAUAAUAAAAAAUAUUAAAAGCU